AUGGCUUUAGAUCUUAGAACUUCCUUGAAAAGGAAACCAUCCAGGAAUGAUCUUAAUCCAGACAACCCAGAGUUGACAACAACCCAAGAAUCUACUCCUCAGACAGGAGAGACCUCUGAGGGCUUGAGCAUAGUCGACACAUUUCGGUACAACAGUAACUCAAGUCCAAGGCAGGAGCUGCAAAGACUCUUUGAGUCUUUUUGCUCGUGGCUGCAGCCCGAAAAGCACAGCAAGGAAGAAAUUAUCUCUCAACUGGUUUUUGAGCAAUUUAUGAUGAGUGGCCACCCCAGGGACAAGCCCAUGUUGAAGAAGAAAUGGGAAGCAAGAGGCAGAAACCUGGAGAAACUAAUGGAAGACCUAAAUGACGACUGCACGAAGCCACCAGUCUUAGUCCAUGUCUACAUGCAGGGACAGGAAGCCCUUUUUUCAGAGAAUAUGCCUCUAAAAGACGUCAUCUUUUACCUGAAGAGACAGCUGUCAGCAGGAACCCCAACAGGAGACAACAUGAGGACACCCUUAUGUACUGGCCAUGGCACUUCCAUGGCAACAGCACAAGGUGAGUGAGGGGAAUCUGCACGCCACAGAAGUGUUCCAGUGAGAAAUGACACUCUUACUGAACAGAGCGAUCAAAUCGUUUCCCUAGUCAUUAUCCAGGGUGAGGACAGUCCCAGCAGUUCUGAAGAGGGACGUGUUUCUCUCAGUAACACACACAGUUCUAGACGUGCAGAGCAAGGCAUCCCGGGGUCCCAGGAAGGAUGCCUAGAGGGGCCCUCUGAGCAACACGGCCCCAUGGAGGUGAGGACAGGGCCCUUACCCAGUCCAGAUGCGUCCUCACCUGAGCCUGCCCCUACCAAUCAGAGUAGUGAGGGAAACUCCACAAGUGGGGGACAUCAAGAAAGGUCCCACAACGCCUCAAAAUCAUAUGAAUGUGAGGAGUGCUCCAAGGUCUUUAGGUAUUCCAGCCACUUGAUAGCUCACCAGAGAAGACACAAAAAUGAGAGGCCAUUCGUUUGUGCCGAGUGUCACAAAGGUUUCUUCCAGACUUCAGACCUGCGUGUGCAUCAGGUGAUUCACCAAAGAGAGAAGCCUUUUGUAUGCAGCACUUGUGAAAAGCCGUUCAGCCACAGAACCAACCUGAAGGCUCAUGAAAGAAUUCACACAGGCGAGAAGCCCUACACGUGUUCCUUGUGCCACCAAAGCUAUCGCCAGUCAUCCACAUACCACCGCCACCUGAGGAUGCACCAAAGGACUGCCCUCCAAAAUGCUCGCUCCACUCCAGAAGCCUCCUCAGCUCUUCCCUGA